AUGGACGACCUGCGCCACAUUGAGGCAAUCGUCGCCACACAGCCACCUCCAAAUGACUCGUACGAGGCGGCCUUCUACACCACCGAUUUCAUCCGGUUUCAGGCGCAGGAGGAUCCCUGCGGAUGGAGGACGCUGCAGCGGAACUUCAGCUUGCCUCACCGCUGGUAUGGAGUCAAGCGGAGGACGCUGCUGGUCCGCAUUGCGCGGCACUGCAUGGCAAUACGCCAUCACACUGGCGGGGCCGACAAGGCCUGGGCCGAUAGCGUUGGACGAUCGGCUGCCUUGGAGCUAGCAGAAGAAGGUUUGCUUGACCGCUGGUACGGCGUCAAGAGGAGCACGCUUUUGGCUCCCCGCCUGAAGAUUUGA